CAGUACGAAAGACGAUGUCGAUUACCUUUAGCGGUAUCAAUCGUUCCUGCAGUAACAGUUGCUGCCUGGCAUGUAUUGCCGGGCGAUGGACCGACAACGCGAUAUGUAGUUGUGGACGUGACAAAUAAUACCGAGUGGGAUGCUGAAUUAACUUAUGGGAAAGAUCGAGUGAUCGGCGUACAGCCUAAAGAGUUUUGCAGAGUACCGCUCCUAUGCAAAUGUUGUUCCGAAGUAGCAUCGAAUGCAUUUCAAGAAGCAGCUAGCCGAACAUCUCAUAUGAUGCAAAUGCAGGAAAUGGAACGAUUACGGCAAAUUCUAGAACGUCAUGUAUCUUGGCAUCUGGAUAUUCGUUGGUCUAUCUCCAGUUCAAAUCUUUCAGGAUCAGUACCCGUCGGACCCUUGCUUUCUUCUGUUUCACUCCUCAAACAGCUUGUUGUACCAGUUAUUUCUGUUCAGGCUAGUGUCAAUGGAAUCCUGUUCAUGAGUGACGAUGAAAUUGCUGUUGGUAUUGGUGAAAUAGUCGACCUCACUUUAAGUUUAAUUACUCCUACAAACGGUAACGUUCGCAAACUUAAAGCUUGUUCAGUCUUUGAAGCUGAUAAUAAUUUUAUCUUUGCAGCUUUACAAAAUACUCGUUCAUUUAGUGGUUUAAUACAGCUUCAGUGCUACCGUGAUUUGCAAAAUGGAUCCUUUAUUGAAAGUAAUGACAAUAUGAUUGUGCUAAAUACUGAAAGUAUACCUUUUCGAAUAAUGCAGCAAGAAGAAGUGGUUGAAACAGCUACUGCAUCACCUUCGGAUACUAUCUCAAUCGAAAAUGAUUAUGCACCGAUAGCAGCUGCUAAUUUCAAUAACGAACUUGUAGAACAAGUGAUAAUUCGGGAAACUUUUCAUGCUAAUUUCCAACUUUUAUUUCGCCAUGAAGGAGCGCAUAAGCGGAUUGAGAUUCUGUUCAACUGGCUUAGCGCACUUACGGAAUUUUCGAACGAUGAUGUUAAUGGACGACAUAUAUGUAAUAACGAUGAUGGCGUCAUCCAAAAGCAAAAUAGAACUGGGAGUAAGAAAAAACAAAACGUGGAAAAUUAG